CAGUGUGUAACUGUGUGUGUACCAAGACUAAUCCCAUAGGAUUGUUCAAGUUUAUUUUGUAUUAUUGUGAUGUCUGAAGAGUAUCGGAGAUGUUGACGGCGGUGGUGCUGGCGAUACUGUGCUGUGUUCAUGCUGGGUCUGGUGCAGGAAGCCAUUCCCUGCGGUAUUUUUUCACGGGGGUCUCAGGGGGGACGGGGUUCCCUGAGUUCACUGCUGUGGGGCUGGUGGACAAUGUGCAGCAUGUGCACUAUGACAGUGUCACCAAGAAGAUGAGACCCACACAGGACUGGAUGGCAAAGACUGAGAGUCCGGAAUACUGGGAGAGAGAGACUCAAAACCUUGUCGGUGCAGAGCAGAUUUUCAAAGCCAAUAUUGGAGUCGCAAUGCAGCGCUUCAACCAGACUGGAGGAGUUCACACUGCCCAGGUGAUGUACGGCUGUGAGCUGGAUGAUGAUGGGACCAAGCGGGCGUUUGAUCAGGAGGGGUACGAUGGGAAGGAUUUCAUCAUCUUCGAUAAGGACACCCUGACCUGGACCGCCCCUGUGCAGCAGGCUGUCAUCACUAAACACAAGUGGGAUGCUAACAAAGCCAGGAAUCAGGGCUUGAAGGCCUAUCUGGAGACAGAAUGUAUCGAGUGUCUGCAGAAGUACGUCCAGAAUGGGAGGGAGACUCUGGAGAGGAGAGUUCCCCCUGAAGUGACUCUGCUCCAGAGGAAAGCUUGUGGAUCUGCAGACAUGGAGGUCCUGUGUCAUGUGACAGGGUUCUUCCCCCGCGCUGUGGCAGUGAACUGGGUCAGAGACGGGCAGGAUCAGCUGGAGGAGGGGGUGCAGAGUGGGGAGGUGCUGCCCAACCAGGACGGGACCUACCAACUAAGAAAGAUCCUGACACUGAGCCCUGAGGAGCAGGGGAGACACCACUACUCCUGCCAGGUGGACCACAUCAGCUUCAAAGAGAGACAGAUCUACAUCUGGGAUCCCAACAUGAGGAGCAGCAGCGAGGGCGGCCCCCCUAUUGAGAUCAUUGCUGCAGUCAUAAUGACUCUACUGGCUCUGGCUGCAGCGGUCAUUGGAAGGGUGAUCUGGAAGAGGAGACAAGGUGCCCAGAAGGGUUACAGCCCAGCUCAAAACAAGGAAGGCUCCAACACUUCGUCUGACAACACCACUAAUGCCUGAGACAUCUCUGGGGCCCAGGUGGUGCAGACAGACAGACAGACAGCGGCUGCUUCACCAGCCUCUCAUUCCUGCCUUUCACCUGCAGGGUUCCUGAGGUUAAAUCCAGCUGCUC